AUGUUCUUCCCUGUUUUUAUUUACAGUUUUUUCUUCCUUCCGUCCCUUAUUCAUUCCCUCGUUCUUUGCUUCCUAUUCCCCUUUCUUCUUUUAUUACAGAUUUGCUUUCCUUCCUUCCUUUCCUUCCUUCUUUCCUUCCCUUAUUUCCUUCUUUUCUUCACUGAUCGCUUUGUCUACUUUCCCUCUUCAUGCCUUCCCUAUUCUCUCAUUUAUUUACAGCAUUGUUUUCCUUCCUUCCUUCCUUCCUUCCUUCCUUCCUUUGCUGCUUGUUCUUCGUUCCCUCCUUCACUCUGUCUUCAUUCCUGCCUUUAUUUCUUUUCUUCUUUAAUUUUCAGUUUUGUCUAUUUUUCUUUCUUUUUCUUUCUUUCUUUCUUUCUUUCUUUCUUUCUUUCUUUCUUUCUUUCUUCUAGCUUUGUCUCCCUUCCCUUCGUCCCUCCGUUCUAUUUCCCUUUCUUCCUUUAUUUCACACUGUCUUUCUUCUUUCUUUCCUUCUUACGUUUACUUCUUGGCUUGUCUUCCUUCCUUGCUUUCUUCGUUCCUACUUAUUUCACUUCCUUUCUUUGCUUUAUUUUCCGCUUUGUAUUCUUUCCCUCUUAUUUCCUUCCUUUAUUUCCAGCUUUGUCUUCUUAUCUUUCCUUUUUUUUCUUCCUUCCUUUAUUCUCCGCAUUUUCUUCUUUUUCUCUUUCCUUUUAUCUUUGUCUCCCUUCUUUCCUUCAUUUUGCUUUCUUUCUUUCUUUCUUUCUUUCUUUCUUUCUUUCUUUCUUUCUUUCUUUCUUUCUUUCUUUCUAUUCCGGCAUAUUCAUUCCACUGAAUAUUAAUUGUCCUUACUAUCUUUUUCAACUUACUCUUAUUUUCCUUUCUUUCUUUCUUUCUUUCUUUCUUUUUUCUUUUCUUUCUUUCUUUCUUUCUUUCUAUUCCGGCAUAUUCAUUCCACUGAAUAUUAAUUUUACUAUCUUUUUCAACUUACUCUUAUUUUCCUUUCUUUCUUUCUUUCUUUCUUUCUUUCUUUCUUUCUUUCUUUCUUUCUUUCUUUCUUUCUAUUCCGGCAUAUUCAUUCCACUGAAUAUUAAUUGUCCGUUUUCCUCGCCUACAUUUUUUUCUUUCUUUUUAAUCUUAUUAUAUCAGUUACUAUCUUUUUCAACUUACUCUUAUUUUCCUUUCUUUCUUUCUUUCUUUCUUUCUUUCUUUCUUUCUUUCUUUCUAUUCCGGCAUAUUCAUUCCACUGAAUAUUAA